CAACGUGAUAGAACAUUAUUUGUGGGACUGUCCUAACAUCGGUUAGACGCAGAUACAAUGUCUGACAGCUCUGAAACUUCACAGAAGACACUGAAGAUGGACCAUAGCAAGGUGUUUAAUGAUCCCAUCCACGGGACGGUGGAGUUACACCCACUUCUCAUCAAAAUCAUCGACACACCUCAGUUCCAGAGACUGAGAAACAUCAAGCAGCUUGGAGGGGCCUACUUUGUUUACCCUGGAGCAUCCCACAACCGCUUUGAACACUCCAUUGGGGUGGGGCACUUGGCAGGUCAACUUGUUGAAGCUCUGCGUACAAGGCAGCCGGAACUCGACAUCAAUGACAGAGACGUCCUUUGUGUGAAGAUUGCUGGUCUCUGCCAUGACCUGGGACAUGGACCCUUUUCCCAUCUCUAUGAUCAAAUGUUCAUACCCAAAGUACCACAUCCACCAGGUCCACUAGGUGAUAAAAUGGCAAAGUGGAAGCAUGAAGAAGCCUCUGUAGAGAUGUUUGACCAUCUGGUGAAAUCUAAUAAUCUGGAGCUGGAGGCCUAUGGUCUGAUUCUGCCCGAGGACAUGGAUUUCAUCAAACAGAUGAUUGAAGGACUGAAGGAUCCUAAAGCAGUCCAGUGGCCAUAUUGUGGUCGGCCAAAGGAAAAAUCCUUCCUCUUUGAAAUUGUGGCCAACAAAACCAACGGCAUUGAUGUGGACAAGUUUGACUACUUUGCCAGGGACUGCUACCACCUGGGCAUGCAGAACAACUUUGACCAUCUCCGCUUCAUACAGUUUGCCAGAGUGAUUAAAGUGAAAAAAGACGGGCUGAAUCACAUCUGCUGUAGAGACAAGGAGGUGGGCAAUCUGUAUGACAUGUUCUACACCAGGAACUGUCUCCACAGAAGAGCCUACCAGCACAAAGUGAACAAGAUCAUAGAGCAUAUGAUCGCAGAGGCCUUUUUAAAAGCAGACAAGCAUAUCAAGAUUGAAGGCUCACAAAGGCAGAUGUUCACUCUCUCUACAGCCAUAGGUGACAUGGAGGCCUACACCAAGCUGACAGAUCAUGUGUUUGAACAAAUACUCAACUCUUCCUCCAAGAAGCUGGCUAAGGCAAAGAAGAUUCUGGAAAAGAUCAUCUCUCGAAAACACUACAAGUUUCUGGGUGAAAUCAAGCCUGAACCAUUCCCAACCAAGAAGGUGAUUGGUGAAUGGGAAAAGGAAUUGGCUGCUUUGGACUUCAUAGUUUUAUUCCUUACUUUUGACUAUGGAAUGAAAGACAAGGACCCCAUCAAUAAUGUGUAUUUCUACAGCAAGAGAAACCCUGACACAGCAUUUAACAUAACCAGAGACCAGGUGUCCAAGCUUCUCCCAGCAUGCUUUUCUGAGCAGCUGAUCAGGGUUUACAUUAAGAAGACUGAUGAGCCAAGUGUUGAGGCUGCCAGGAGGCACUUGAUCAAGUGGUGUGAAGAUAAGGGCUUGCCAAACCCUCAGGUAAUAUUUAGAUCUAGGUUGUUAUAUACAGGACAAGUACUGUGUGGGGCCCUCAGGCUGGAGGUUCUAUUAAACAAUAACUAAGAUAGUUUGGUCUAUAGAUCUAAGAAAAUAGGAGAAAAUGCCUGUUACAAUUUACUAAAGCCAAAGGUGGCUAAUAGCUUGUUAUAUCCCUUAGCACCGUCACAUAAAACAAAAGAGCUAGCUAGCUAGCUUAUGACAGCUAAGAGAGAAACUGUCGAAUGACACGAUGGAAACUGCUGCAGGCAGGAACCAAACACGCCACGUCUACAUCGAGGACAGAGCCUCUAUAUAUGGGCUCUCACUCUUCCACCAGGCCACCCAGGCACCCUGGAUUAAGGCAUUUUGGCUUGAAUGAAUAAUCAUAAAUAUAGUCAUCAAAACAGCAAUUUAUUUUCUGUCCAUGGACUAAAAACUUUCCGUCUAGUGGCCUGCCUCAGUAAUGACAAAUCUCUCACUCUGAACCACUCUUGUUAAUACUCUAAACACUUUUCUGUCUUUAUUUACAUGCAGUAUGGAGAAAUUGCAACACCGGAAGUCAUCCCUGGGGGAAAUAUCUAGAACAAUCCACCAGACGUUUUGGAAAAUAGAGAUUAAAAGUGAAAAAGAAAUCAAACACUCCCUGAUUAUUAUUGAUUCUAUAAGGUGAGUAUGAGCACAGUGUAGUACUAGACACCAUUUCUCUCCAAAAACAACUGAGUACCAGGAUACAUUACUGCAUGUUUGGGUCAUAUACUCAGUUUCUUUAGAGCCCUGUUCAACAUUAUACACAUAUCUUUGUUUUAGUUUGAUCAUCAAACACACUUUAAAUGUCUUGGUCUAAACUGAAGCAUGUUGUAGAGGAUUGGUUUAUUCAGCUAUCAGGGACAUUUAGGCUUCUCUGUGUAUUCUGUGUGUAUUCCUUAUAAUCAGGGCAAGCUACCCACUUAACUCGUUAUUAGUACUACCCACAUGGAGUACAGGUAGAGUGAAUAUUUAAAUUGUGGUUUAGGGAUUUUAAAUAUUAUUAAGGUGUUUGGUUUUUAUGUUAAUCUGUGUGAAUUGAUGUGAUAAUCUGAUUAUAUAUUAUAUAUCUGAUUUGGGAAUCACUUUGUAUUGCAUUUAUCAAAUGAAAUAAGAAUUAUGAUUACUAUAACCAUUAUGAUAACAGUAUACUCUAGCCCAGUGGUGUCAAACUCAUUUUAGUUCAUGGACCACAUCCCCCUAAUCUGAUCUGAAGUGGGCCGGACCACUAAACCACUCCAGAAAGAUCAGAGACUGUAUCUGCCACAGAGUUUCUUGUCAGCUUGAUGUUGCGCUAGUUGCUUCUGCUACGACAGCGUUCUAAGACCGUUGUAGGAAAAAAAUUAUGUUACAGACCCGGGAGAGAGGGGGAAUAUUCAGAGAAAAAACUCAGAAUUUCUAAGAUUAAAGUCAUACAUUUACGGAAAAAGAACUCUGAUAUUCUCUGAGAUUAAAGUGGUAAAUUUGUAAUUAGAAUUAAUUACUUCUCUGCAAUUUUCACACUUUGCAAAGUCAUCCAGUGGGCCUGAUUGGACCAUUUAGCGGGCCGGUUCCUGCCCACGGGCCCUAUGUUUGGCACCCCUGCUCUAGCCUAUAUCACUGUUUCUCACUGUACUCAUACUAUAUAGCUCAACUUGCUUUGUUCAAUGUAACCAUCAGAGUGUGAU